AUGGCUCAAAUGCACAAAUCAACCACCAAGGCUGAUGAAGCCGUGAAAUUUGAAGAUGGAUGCUUUGACCGCAUCAAAGCCGCCAUGCCCACCGGUGAUGCACCCAUGUCUGAUGGUAGCAAACCUGGUGCUCCCAAUGCUGAUGUGAGUCCUGACCAACAGAACGCAGAACAGAACAAGCUGCAUUUGAAGCGCUACCUCGACUCUCUCCUUCGUUUGAGCACGAAGUUGAAAACUCUUCGUAGGGAGAUGAAGGACCACUACACACCGGACCACAUUGCGAAGUUGGACCGGGAGUAUGACAUCUUGAAUGAAGAGAUGGCCAAAGGUGAGAAUGCGAAAUUUGGCCCUGAGCCUAUGUGGUGGAAGGUUGCCCACAAAAAGAUGAACGAUGCCACAUUCGUGUUUGAAACUCAGAGGUCGAGCCGCGCCACAGCUGCAGAGCAGAAAGUGAAGCAAGCACCUCAGAAAUCCAAGCAGUUCUUUGACAAAAAGGACACCGAAAAAAAUGAAGAGCCUGGCCGGAUCACGAAGAAGAAGAAGAGAGAGCAACAUGAGAAUAAUGCCCCCGCAGUUGAGGUGGUUUUCACCGCGCCUAGUCGAGCCAAGCUCCACACUGAUCCAGGUCCCGGACCAGGCUUGCGAAGCUUCGUCAAAGAGAUUGGCCAUGGAGUUCACGACUUAGCCGACAGUGCCAUGCGCUAUGGCUGUCCGAACCGCAAAGGCAGUUCAACAGGAGGUCCCAGAGGUAGCAAGGUCCAGCUUGGGGCGCUUAGCGGAUAUCAAGGCCAUGAAAUUUAUCGACGACCUGGCUUUGACUUUAGUAGGUGCUGUGCACUUCUACUUCAUGGAGAUGAGGGUCGAAGUUUGAGAAAAGCUGCAGUGUUGAUACUUGCUGCACACAGCAUUUUGGGGUAUGGGACACGCACUAGUUCCACGAGUAGAAAGGCUGAACUCCACAAGUUGAACUACAAGAAGACUACUUGGAUUACCCGUUUCCUGUUGGGAGUCCUGCCAAAGGCAUUUUACUCCAUGGACGGGGAUGAUGGGGGAGGAUCUGAAAGAGAGAAUGAAGAGUUCCAGUCGGACAUUUAUGAAAAUCUUUUGAACGCUAUCGCCACGGAUCUGCGAAAUUUGUUUGACCAUGGGAUAGUAAGUCCUCUAGAUGGGCAAAGGUAUUUUUUCUGCACGCUGAAUGUGAUGGGGGACUGGCCUUUUAUUCAACGAUCUGGACACCUAGCCCGAUCUUUCUUCAAUGCUGCAAAGCAUGCCAAGCCCACAAAGACAGACCCGAAGGGAAUAUGUCACAGGUGUCUGGCCGAUCGGCCUGGAGUCCUCUGGGAAGAUUUUCAGAGUCAGGUACCACCGUGGCUGGCGUCCAUGAACACAGAAUCCCCUUUCACCAGUGAACCUUCACUUUUGCUUCUACCUCAUGUGCAAGAGGACCCUGCCGAACUUUUUGCAUGGGAUCUUUUCCAUACCUGGCAUCUUGGCUGUGCAAAGGUGUUCCUUGGUACAGCCGUUAUCGUUCUUGCUACCAGUGCACUUUUUGUAGGGGGAGUUGAAAAGAGAUUGGAAGCGGUGACUGAACGCUUUCUUACAUGGUGCGAUGAAAAGUGCUUGAAACCUCACCUACGGAAGCUUAGCAAGGAGACCAUGAGCUGGACCACAACCACAACCUAUCCUUCGGGUGUUUGGUCAAAGGGGCAUACUGCUCGUGUGUUGAACAAGUGGUUCAUUUCUGAAUGUGAAGCCAAUACCCGGGCAGUUCGCGCAGAUGUGCUUCUGACAACUGUGUACAAACGUGCUGUUUCCAUAGAAACAUUUUUGCGGGGUUGUACAGCUAUGAGCUUUGGAUUCCGUCUGCAGCUGCGAUAG